AUGAAGAAGAUCAUGGCCGACGAGAAGCUGGCCGAGAUGGCCCUCGCCGACCCCAAGCGCGUCAAGAGGGUGCUGGCGAACCGGCAGUCGGCGGCGCGGUCCAAGGAGCGCAAGAUGCGGUACAUCGUGGAGCUGGAGCAGAAGGUGCAGAUCCUGCAGACGGAGGCCACCACGCUCGCCGCGCAGAUCAACCUCCUGCAGUUGACUGAUGGUUCGAAUUCGAUGGCGCAGCGCGACUCGUCGGCGGUGGCGACGCAGAACAACGAGCUGAGGUUCCGGCUGCAGGCCAUGGAGCAGCAGGCGCAGCUGCGCGAUGCUCUGAACGAGGCGCUGACAGGCGAGGUCCAGCGCCUCAAGAUCGCGACCAUCGAGCUCGGCAUCGGCGACUCCUGCUCCUCCAACGGCAUGGCCCAGCAGCACAACCUCAUGUUUCAGCAGCAGCAGCAGCUGCAGCAGGCUACACCCAUACCAUUCUACCAGCUGCAGCACCAACAACAGCAGCAGCAGCAGCAGCAGAACGGCACAGCCAGCAAGCAUGAAUCAAGAGAGUGA